AUGUUAUAUAAUUUAUUUUCUUUAAUUAUUUUAUAUUUUUUAAUUUUUUAUUUGUAUAUUUUUAAAGAAUAUGUAAUAAUAAAAAUUUCAUAAUUUUUAGAAAAUAUUCUUAAAGAUUUGAAAAAAGAAAAAAGAAAAAAAAAAUAAUUAAAAAAUAAUAAUAAAAUAAUUAAAAAAAGUAGAGAGAUUAAAAGUUCAGUUCAACAAAAAUAAAACAAAUAUAAUAUCUAAUUAAAAUAAUAAAAAAAAAAUUAAAAACAAUUAUGGAAUACUUAAAAUAAUAUAAUCCUUCCUAAAUAUUAUGCAAAAGUAAACUAAAAUAUGCCCAAUGAAUAUUGGAAUUAUGAAGAAUUUGAAAAUGAAUGGGGCAAUAUUGAUAAUUUUGAAGUUAUAAGAAAAAUAGGUAGGGGUAAAUAUUCCAAAGUUUUUGAUGGUAUAAGUACUAUUAAUGGUAAAAGAAUAGUAAUAAAAGUAUUAAAACCUGUAAAAAAGAGCAAAAUAAAAAGAGAAAUAAAAAUUUUGCAAAUAUUAAAAGGAAGUCAAAAUAUUAUAGAAUUAUUAGAUGUAGUUAAAGAUUCAGCUUCAAAAACUCCAGCUUUAAUAUUUGAAUUUGUUGAGAAUGUAGAUUUUAGGUCGAUUUUUCCUUAAUUAUCCGAUUAUGAAAUAAGAUAUUAAAUAUACGAAUUAUUAAAAGCUUUAGACUAUUGUCAUAGUAAAGGUAUAAUGCAUAGAGAUAUUAAACCACAAAAUAUAAUUGUGGACCCUAAUAAUAAGAUACUAAAAUUAAUUGAUUGGGGUUUAGCUGAAUUUUAUCAUCCUGAAUAAAAUUAUAAUGUUAGAGUUGUUUCUAGAUAUUUCAAAGGUCCUGAACAUUUAGUUGAUUAAAAUUAUUAUGAUUAUUCUUUAGAUAUAUGGAGUACUUGA